AUGUCGGCUCACUACCGAAAUCUGUCCCCCAGCCGAGGCCGACACUCCAUGAUUGAUCCCAUGAGAGCAUCAACUGGCACGGUGCAGCUAAACUCCUCCUACGACUCUUAUGAUGCGCCUAGACGCUACGAUCACGACGAAUACCCAUCCGAUGCUGGAUACACCAGUGCUUAUGCGUAUCGCUCAGGGCGACCAUCGAAACUUGAAGCCCACCAAAUAUCCUCCCAUCGAGUCCGUGAUCCGAGUACGUCUACCAAAAAGCGCACCGAGUACACAGUCCAGCCCCGCACCAGAAACAGAAGCAACACAUCAACUGCGGCAGACUACGAGACACCAGUGCGUCUAGCUGUACCUUCCACACCCCGUCAGCAUCUCUCGCCCGUGCACCAGCACCACUCAACCCACCGCCGUACCCCGAGCCCUCUCCCCACAGAUUCUGGCCAUCAUAUAGUAUCUGCUUCUCCUCGACACCCCGCACAUCGUCGAAUCUACAGCACUGACUAUGCGAGUGACACGAGCUAUAUCGAUUCACGGAAUGACGUCAGACACAGAACUGAUCGCAGUCCGCAUCAACAUCGUGUCCAUCCGCCGACCCGUGCACCGCGCUAUCCAGCGUAUGAUGGGCUGAGGAAAGGUGACGAUAUUGAUAACUUUGAUGCCUAUUCAUACACCAAUGCCCGUGAGCAAUUCGACCGGGACUAUCCUGUCAAGGCGCGCCAUCACGGGCCAAGAUACUCGCUCGAUCGGCCACUCAGCAUCACUGGUGUAGAGGAUAGCUCUCAGUGGAUGCCGCGAAAAGAGCGUCAUCAUGGCCCUCCCCCGACAUCCUGGGGCCUUGACAAGCUGGGCCGUGAACGGCCGCGAAGCUCAACGCAUGGCAUGGAUGACCAUCGGGAGUCGUACAGAUCGAAGGAUGGAUUCCAUGAUCAAGCCCUAGUGACCGUGCCUCAAGACUCUGAUGCUGAAUAUUCCUCCCGACACGACGAGCGGCGGCGCCGCCGUGCCUACAGAGCGCGCCACGCGAACGAUCGGGAGCACCACUAUCCAGAGGGACACCACCCCAAGCCACAUGAAAUGGGGGCGCUCGCUACUGUAGGACUUGGAACAGCGGCCUUAGGAGGCGGAUACUCCGACAUGUCGGACUACGAGCACCACCGUCCGUCACGAUCCAAGCAGAGACGCCCACAUAGUGAGCAUGACCACGAUGCUGUGCAGCCCCCAUCGCGGGAUCUGGUAGAAGCAGUUCCAGCCAGUGAAAGAAAUAAGCAAACCUACCUGGAUCCUGCUGACGCCCGUCGCCACGGUCGACCGCGGCGACACUCCAGACGGCGGACGCACAGCGAUGACGCCAACACGUCAGACGAAGACCUUCGAAACUACAGACGUGAGCCCGCACGUCAUAGACACAGCAGCACCGACACCGAAAGUGACCGCGACCGUGAUCGCAGUCGGGACCGCUCGCGUCACAGGCGAGACCGAGAUCAUUCGCGUGGAUACCACUCUUCUCGCUCCCGCCACAUGCUGGAGGAUGGCCAUUCCACUGAGCGACGAUCACCGCCCGUCGACAUGGCCAAAGAUGACCCCAAAAGACUUAUUGCUGUCGAUCCGGCUGCUCCAAAGGAGCCUGAUGCUCCUCCCAAGGGAAUCCUCAAGGCUCCGCGCCAGGCAUUCCCAGAGGAACCCAAUCCGGUGAGGGAAGGGGUCGCUCCUCUGAAAGACGCUCAUAAGCAGGGAAUCCCGCCAGGAGCUCGAUGGACGAAGAUCGACCGGCGUCUCGUGAACCCGGAGGCAUUGGAAGCGGGCAAUGAACGGUUCGAGGAGCGAUCGGACUAUGUGAUUGUGUUGAGGGUUCUGAGCAAGGAGGAGAUCCAGAAGUAUGCUGUGAAGACACAGGAGAUCAGAGACACCCGGCACAAGGAACAGCUGCGCGAGAGACGCAAGACCAGAGAUGAGACUCACCGUCACGGCCGCCGGGGCGAGGAGACUUCCAGCGACGACGAGGACGAGGGCGAGGAAGAGCCCUGGAAGCAGCUCGAAGCAGCACCCGCACCACCCGCACAGAAGAUGUCCUUACCCUCGCGCCCACGCGCGUCGACCAACUCAAUGCAUGAGGCUGAACGGCCCAGGAUUAGUAACCCGUCUGCAGCACCGGCAUAG